AUGGCGGUUUUAUUCCUCGUAACGAUAUUUGUGCUGACUUGUUUGCAUGCUUCCGAAGCUGGAGCGGUAGAACUCAAGAUCCAGGGAGGAAACCCACAAUAUGCCACCGUUGGAUCCAACAUCACCUUCACGUGCACGUGCAUCCUUUCCGGUGAUUACAUAGGGAAAGACAUUUUAUUAAGAUGGCUUUUCAACAACAAGCCAUUGACCUGGCCUAUCUGUGACGAUCAAAACGUCAUCGACCUCUGGAAUGAUACCCACAAGGUUUGCAGUUUGACCAUCGACCCUGUUACGGAGACAUCAGGAGGUGUCUACGUGUGUAGGAUGCUGUCCCUAGGCUCAAAGGAAUAUAGUGCGACUGUGCUGCUCGAUGUUAUAGAUGCCACGCUGCAUCUGCUGGACCCCUCCACCGGAGCUGUGCUGGACGACCCCGAGUUUGGCCCCGUCUGCGUCCAGUCCGGCACCACGCGGCUAUUCGAGUGCAGGAUUCAAGACGCCAGACCAGGGGUCUGGAACUUCACGUGGAUGCUUGGGAAUCAGAUGAUAGCUACUAAAAGCGAGGCACGGACCGGAGCUGGGCUGGUCAACGUGAGCAUCUGGCACAUCGUGACAAACCCUGGCAUCAAGACUCGGGAAAGUAACCUAAUGUGCCUUGCAACGAGCAGUGAUCAGUCACUGAGCACCAGAGUGCUGAUAACGUCUUGUGCAGAUGCUCUCGUCAAAGGUGCAAAUGUAGUGCUUAUCGCCAUAGUAACUGUGGCCAGUGUUCUAAGCGCAUUGGUUGUCAUGGCAAUCGUGAUGCUCGUCAAGUCUAGAAGGAACCGAAGAGAACAGCGUAGUUUUCAGAGCAAACGUGAAGCGCGAUCGUCUGUCGAAAUGGAUGUUGCUUUGGACCAGGAUGCUUUAGGACAACCAGGUCAGUCUGAGGUCGGCAGCUCAACGGAAGUGAAAUAUGAAGACAGAAUUGAACCACAAGAUCCACACAAAUACGAAAUAAGGAUUUCACCACAAGAUUUACACAAGUACGAAUACAAAAUUUCACAGCAGGUUGCACACCAAUACGAAGACACAAGUUCUCCGCAGGUGGAGUAUGAUGACACUAUACCACCACUGGAGGAAACACCAAUGCUACUUGAAAGCGAUGAUGAUGACAAUCUACCUCCUUGGGCUGAGGGGUGGAAGGUGCCUCGCUGCGACCUAAUCAUGGAUGAGCGAGUCCUCGGAAGAGGGAACUUUGGUGAGGUACGAUCGGGUGCUGUGAUAAAAGAUGGAGAACUGACAAGGGCUGCUAUCAAGAUGCUCAAAGGCCAUGCAUCGACGAGUGAGAAAGAUGAUUUCAUCGAUGAACUUCGCACGAUGACCUCUUUUGGCCACCAUCCUAAUGUCGUCUCGCUGCUUGGCGCAUGUCAGCAUCGACAGGUGUUGUACGUCGCGUUGGAGUAUCUUCCCCGCGGUGAUCUGCGCAGCUACCUGCGGACGGCUCGCUCACAGUCAGACUCAGACGAGGAUGCCUUGUCUUCCGAACAGCUGGUCAAGUUUGCUCUGGAUGUUGCCAAGGGAAUGGAGCACCUUGCUGAAGCAAGGGUGAUCCACCGAGAUUUGGCUGCCAGGAACAUCCUAAUAUCUGAAGGGCUGACUGCUAAGGUUUCAGACUUUGGACUGUCCAGAGGGGAGGAUAUCUAUGUUCAAACGUCAAAGAGGCGGGUUCCAGUCCGCUGGUUGGCUAUUGAGUCAAUCAGGUAUAAGAGGUACACGACAAAGAGUGAUGUGUGGUCUUUUGGCAUCCUCUUGUGGGAAAUAACCACAAUAGGGGGAACCCCCUACCCGACCACCAAGAGCGAGUCACUGGCCAGGAAGCUGAAGGGAGGAUACCGUAUGCCCAAGCCCAGCAACUGUGACGACAAAAGUUUCGCCCUGAUGCGUAAGUGCUGGGAAGAGGAUCCGAACAACAGACCAAGUUUCUCUGAACUGGUCUCUACCCUAAGUGGCAAGGAUGACAGUAAAAUUGAACAUACCUAUUUUUCUUUUGACCGAGUGCGUUACGAGAAUUUGAGUGUCAUCCGGCCUGAGUUUGAUGACAACUGAUCAAUCGACAUCAGCGUUCCUUCAAC